UGAAAAUUAAGUAAGAAAACGUGUAUGUUAAGUGUAUAUAUAUUACAGUCACCUUCCAUUACUCUCCAUCAUCUCUCUCACUUCCACAAAACUCAAAAAAAUGUCUCCCAUUCCAAAACCACUCUUCUUCUUCUUCUUCCUCAACUAUGUGUCUCUCUCAACCUCACUCUCUCUUCACCUCCCACUCACAUCUCUCCCUAUCUCCACCACCACAAACUCUCACCGCUUCACCACCUCCCUCCUCUCCCGGAAAAACCCAUCUCCGUCGUCUCCACCAUACAACUUCCGAUCAAGAUUCAAAUACUCAAUGGCUCUAAUCAUCUCACUCCCCAUAGGAACACCACCACAAGCUCAACAAAUGGUUCUUGACACUGGAAGCCAACUUUCUUGGAUCCAAUGUCAUCGUAAAAAGCUUCCUCCAAAACCAAAAACAUCAUUUGAUCCAUCUCUUUCUUCUUCUUUCUCAACUUUGCCUUGCUCACAUCCUCUUUGUAAACCGAGAAUUCCCGAUUUUACCCUUCCUACUUCUUGUGACUCCAACAGGUUAUGUCACUACUCUUACUUCUACGCUGAUGGAACCUUCGCUGAGGGUAAUCUCGUUAAAGAAAAAAUCACUUUCUCAAAUACCGAAAUUACCCCUCCUUUGAUUCUUGGUUGUGCUACUGAGUCUUCUGAUGAUAGGGGCAUUUUGGGAAUGAACCGUGGUCGUCUCUCUUUUGUUUCUCAAGCUAAGAUUUCGAAGUUCUCUUAUUGCAUCCCUCCCAAAUCAAACCGGCCCGGUUUUACUCCAACCGGUUCGUUUUACCUUGGUGAUAACCCGAAUUCACACGGUUUCAAAUACGUUUCUUUGUUGACUUUUCCUGAAAGUCAACGAAUGCCGAAUCUUGAUCCUCUUGCUUACACUGUUCCUAUGAUUGGGAUUAGAUUUGGUUUGAAGAAGCUUAACAUUUCCGGUUCGGUUUUCAGACCCGAUGCAGGCGGGUCGGGUCAAACAAUGGUUGAUUCGGGAUCCGAGUUUACUCAUUUAGUAGACGCAGCUUACGAUAAAGUAAGAGCAGAGAUAAUGACACGUGUAGGACGAAGAUUAAAGAAGGGUUACGUCUACGGUGGAACAGCUGACAUGUGUUUCGAUGGAAACGUGGCGAUGAUCCCACGGUUGAUAGGAGAUCUUGUGUUUGUGUUCACUAGAGGAGUUGAGAUACUUGUUCCGAAAGAGAGGGUUUUGGUUAACGUAGGAGGUGGGAUUCAUUGCGUUGGAAUCGGACGGUCGAGUAUGCUUGGAGCUGCUAGUAAUAUAAUCGGGAACGUUCAUCAGCAAAAUCUUUGGGUUGAGUUCGAUGUGACCAAUAGAAGAGUGGGUUUCGCUAAAGCUGAUUGUAGCAGAGUAGUGUGAGGAAAAGGGUUCUGCUACGGUUACAAACAAGGGUCUUAUGGUGGACUCGGUUAAAGAUCGUCGUUCGAUGAUGUUAAUCGGACGGUACAUAUUAAAAUAGCAGUUUUGUAUGAAGGAACUUUUAUUAGGGGCUCUGAACAAUGUCCUACAAAUAAUUAAAAGUGUUCACGUUAGAUUUUUAUGUUGUACCGUUUGUAUAUUAUAUGGUUCAUAUUAACUUGUUACAUAAAAAUAUCUUUUAUUACUUGACUCGUGUUGAAAGACUUGUGGAUGAAGAGAAUUAAAUUUGAGAAUUUUAUGAGUGUUUUUGUUCUGUUUUUAUAUUU